ACCUUUCAAAUCAAAUUGAUUUUGAUUUGAUUUCUCCUAUGUUCAGUACAUUAUUCUCGGCUGAACCUUUUUCUCUCUCAAUUGCUUUGUUCUCAUCUUUAUCCGCUGAUAUAAAAAUUUCAAAAUAGAAGAGCUCCCUUCAGUCUAAUAACAUCCCCUUACUCUUUUGAUCUUUGAAUUCUCUUCCAUUUUUCACGAUGUUUGAUACUCUUUUCGGGUUUCUUUUUCUUUUUUCUUUUUAAUCUGAGUUUUGUUUCUUUAAUGGCGGGAACCCUUCAUCUGGCGGGAAGGAAUCAAUUUUCUCAUGUCUGACAAUUCUAAAAUUGAUGGCGUACCCACCGGGGAACCAUCAACAAGAAGCGAAUCACGCGCCGUCUUCUUUCAAUGGAGUUCACUUGAAUAACGGGAAACCUAUACCCGAGACUUGGUGUCCCGGUUUGAAGCAUAACCCUGGUAUUUCCAUGGAUUGGACAUUAGAAGAGCAAGCAAUACUCGAAAAUGGGUUACAAAAACAUGCAUUAGAACCGAGUGUAACUCGUUACGCAAAGAUAGCCCUGGAGUUACAGAAUAAGACAGUACGGGAUGUGGCUUUGCGUUACAAAUGGAUGACUAAAAAGGAAAAUAGCAAGAGAAGGAAGGAAGGACUCAAUUUAGCCAGAAAAAUUAAAGACAAGAGGGAAAGAGUUUAUCUUUCUGGAAAUCAUACUCAUUUUGCUGCUCAACCUAAUCUUCCCCCAUAUCCAACCCCAAUGAUUCCUGUGGACUUUAAUGAUGGUAUUUCAUACACAGCCAUUGGCGGGGUGACAGGAGAACUUCUGGAGCAGAAUGCUCAAGCCUUAAAUCGGAUAUCUGAAAAUAUUGCGGCUCUUCAGUUACAGGAAAAUAUCGGUCUCUUCUGCCAAACUCGUGAAAAUAUUCUCAAAAUCAUAAAUGUAUUGAAUGACAUGCCGGACGCAAUGAGGCAGAUGCCACAACUUCGGGAGAGAAUAAGGGACAAGAUGUUCAACUUCCUCCUUUCUCCUUCACCCCAUCCUAUGCAGUUGUGAUCCACCUUUUGACUCGUUAAGUUUCUUGACAUAGUUUCCCUUAAAACAUGGCACGGUGUGGCCUUGCUGAACGAGAAAAUUAGUCCAUCGAUGAGGUUAGCUCAGUUUUAGCGUUUAGGAAUUUAGAAGACUUAGGAUUGUGUUCUAUUUGGCUUCUGAACUUAAUAGUUUGAUUGUUGGUUGAUGCAGUAGAAGGUGAUUUAGGGCUUGUAUAGGGGAUAUUAUGCAUAUACAAUGAAUUAGUAACAUUUUUAUUUUA